CUCUCUCUCUCUCUCUCUCUCUCUCUCUCUCUAGUCUCUCCGAAGACAUAAGCAUUGGCUUUGUCUCUUUAUCUCUUUUAAUUCCAUUUGAUAAGUACCAACUUAAAGUAGAGUACAUAUACAUACACCGAUAUAGAGACUUCCACUGGGGUACUUGAGCUUUCCAUUUACUCCGAUCUCCUUCUGUUCAUGGAGAUUCGGUUAAUUUUGCUGGGUUUGUUGUUUGUUGUGUGCGCUAAGGGUGGAUUUGUGGAGCCGAUUGUGUAUUCUGCGAGAGUGGUACAUAGAUUCUCGGAUGAGGCUAGGGCGCAUAGGGUUUUUAGGGAUUUGAAGAAUGGAGCUCAGGUAGCUGGUGGUGGUGGUGGUCUUGGUUUUUGGCCGGAGCGGCGGAGCUUUGAAUUUUACCGGCGGUUGUUGAGCAGCGAUGUGCAGCGGCAGACGCUUAAGCUGAACCCUCAGUUCCAAUUUCUCUACCCUUCUGAGGGCAGCGCCACAAUUCCGCUUGGAAAUGACUUCGGAUGGCUACAUUACAUGUGGAUCGACAUAGCUACACCGAAAGCAUCUUUUCUUGUGGCAUUGGAUGCUGGAAGUGAUCUAUUUUGGGUUCCCUGUGAUUGUGUUCAAUGUGCACCUUUGUCUUCCAGUUAUUACAGCAGCCUGGAUAAAGAUCUCAACGAGUACAGCCCUUCUACCUCCAGCACAAGCAAGUCUCUUUCUUGCAGCCAUCACCUAUGUGAACUAGGCCUAAGUUGUCCAAAUCCUAAACAACAAUGUCCCUACACCAUUAACUACUACUCAGACGAUACCUCAACGUCCGGUUUUCUAGUCGAAGACGUUCUUCAUCUCGUGCCAGGUCAUCAUUCUGAUGCAUCCAACAAAUCCGUAAAAGCUCCAGUAAUUAUCGGAUGUGGUAGUAAACAAACUGGUGGUUACUUGAAUGGAGUUGCGCCCGAUGGUCUUUUGGGUCUUGGACUUGGAGAAAUUUCUGUGCCGAGUUUUCUCGCGAAAGCUGGUUAUAUUAAGAACUCGUUUUCGUUAUGUUUUAAUGAAGAUGAUUCUGGGAGGCUAUUCUUUGGUGACCAGGGAAUAGCUGAACAACAAACUACGCCGUUUUUGCCCCUGGACGGCAAAAAUUUAACUUAUAUUGUUGGAGUGGAUGAGUGCUGCGUUGGGAGUUCUUGUCUUGAUAAAACGAGCUUCAAAAUUCUGGUUGAUAGUGGGACUUCGUUCACGUUUCUUCCAGAUCAAGUAUAUGGAAAAGUGGUGGACGAGUUUGACAGACAAGUAAAUGCUUCGAAAUCUAUGUUUCAAGGAUACCCAUGGCAAUAUUGCUACAAGUCCAGUUCUCAUGGAGUGCCUAAGAUUCCGUCUUUGACUCUUAAGUUUGGAGCAUCCAACACUUUUGUGGUCAGCAAUCCUGUUUUUGUCAUCUACGGCACUCAGGGUGCUGUUGGAUUUUGUUUAGCAAUUCAGCCCACUGACGGAGACGUUGGCACGAUUGGACAGAAUUUCAUGACGGGAUACAAAAUCGUAUUCGAUAGAGAAAAUUUCAAGCUGGGCUGGUCGCGUUCAAAUUGUCAAGAAGAGCCAUUAAAUCCAUCGGCAAACGGAAAUUCACCAAAUUCACUGCCGACGACAGAGCAGCAGAGUUCGCCAAACGGUCAUGCAGUCGCUCCUGCAGUUGCCGGAAGGACGCCUUCCAAAUCCUCAGCCAAAUGCCGCCUCUCGUUUUUGGCGAACUCUUUCUUGUUACUGCUCACGGUGCACAUCUCUUUUAUUAAUUAAAAAUCUUAUCCUUCCGUUUAGAGGUAAAUUUCCAUUAUCUAGUUUUUUUUUUUUUUUUUUUUUUUUUUUUCUUUUUUUUUUAUUGUAGUCUCGGCCAUUUAUUUUUGUUUUUCGCAUGCAUUUACCGGUCACCAUCCUUUCUGUUUUUUUUAGGCUACGAGUUAGGGUGGUGUGUGAUAAUACAUAGAGUUCUAUGUUGUAUGUAAUCGUAAUUAUCUCCUCGACUCGUUUCAUAGGGACAUAUGUUAUAUUCCUCAAUUUUGUAAUGUACAAAUAUAUUAUACAUUUUUAUGCAUUUUCGCGAGGGCGACUUAUCGCAAUAUUUAUUUACGAACCCUUGAGUAGCUAGGCGGAGCAAAGCAGCCAACGUAAUGCUACGGGGGGCCAUGGCCCCCUUUGUUUAUGCUUGACUAGGACUGAGUAGUAAUUAAAUAAAUGUAGGUAUUUUUUAUUUGUGUUGCAAAUUAAGGAGAUUCUUGUUUACCUAACUAGCUUUCUUUUGUAGCAGAUGUAUUCUCAAUUAAGGAAGCACUAUUAUUUUUUUAUGUUU